AUGCCAGGAAUUCUGCACAUACCUUUGCUUUACUACGAAUUUGUCUAUGCGCUGAUUUUGAGGGAGGGAGAGGGAAUGCGGGCAGUUCUGAUGUUGAAAGCGCGCGUCAGCAGCGACCUCAACCAGGGAUAUCCCAUAAAAGUGAACGGUUAUUGUUGCAGACGAGGCCGAACAGAUCGUCUCUUUCAGUUUGCGACACCUGUAAAUUGCAAACUCGCCACUGAUCCAUGGGGUUCGUGGGUGCUUCAACCAAAGGUUCAGGGCUCUUUGCCAAGUGACUCAAAGAUUCCUAUCAAGUACGCAAAUGUUGGCCUACUUACGUCGAUUCCAAGAGUUGCGCAAGCUUAG